AUGCCCGAUACUAAUUCCACUGAGCUUCAACCCGAGGUUCCCGUUAAGUCCGGAGCGAAAUCGGACCAAGAUCAUUUAAACGUCACAUUCCAUGGAGGGAUUCGAGCGCCUUCGCCGAACCCAUCCAUCCUAUCUAUAGAGGACUCUAAUAAUAUUCGUAUUGGCCGCAACCCAGAUUGGAUAUCAGUAUGCGAUGAUCGAAGACACUUGUCCCACUCCCCUGCUCCUCUGCUGUCCCUCACGGGCAAAGUUCAGUUGUCAUGGACGAGGAACAAAGGCUUAGCGCUCGUGCUUAUCGCCCAAGUCUUCGGCACGCUUAUGAACGUAACUACUCGACUCUUAGAAAUGGAAGGCAACAAUGGAAACGGUUAUCACCCAUUUCAGAUCCUCUUUGCUCGGAUGAGUAUCACAGUAGUAUGUUCUACAUUCUAUAUGUGGUAUACGAGAACGGAACAUUUCCCUCUCGGGAUGAAGGAAGUUAGGCCACUACUAGUUGCAAGAGGCCUGUGUGGGUUCUUCGGAGUCUUUGGCUUAUACUACUCUUUACAGUAUCUACCUCUUGCAGAUGCUACGGUCGUUACUUUUCUCGCGCCUUCCUUGGCAUGUUGGGCGUGUUCGUACUUCAUCAACGAGCCAUUUACACGAAUGGAACAGAUUGCCGCCUACGUUUCGUUGUUUGGCGUUGUGAUCAUAGCGCGGCCGACGUCACUUUUCUCUGCCUCCCGAAAUUCCGAAGCACCUGCCCCUUCCGCGAGCAGUAACGUUAACUUCGUACCCACUCCAGCGAACACAACCCAGCCUUCGUCACUUCCUGCGGGAGCCUAUGACUCUGUGACUCCAGGUCAACGAGCAGGAGCAGUUGGUAUGGCCAUGUUAGGUGUCCUUGGAGCUGCGGGUGCAUAUACUACUAUACGGUGGAUCGGGAAGCGUGCUCAUCCGCUCAUCAGCGUAAACUACUUUGCGUUGUGGUGUACAAUCGUUAGCAUUGUGAUGAUGCUAAGCCUCCCUGGUGUUGGGUUCUUGCUUCCUUCCGGUUUGAAGGACUGGUGCUACCUUUUCUUCCUUGGAAUUUGUGGCUUUGUUAUGCAAUUUCUCCUCGCAUCCGGUUUACAAUACGAAAAAUCGUCUCGGGCCACAAACAUGGUAUACACGCAAAUGCUCUUCGCUCUCGCAUUUGACAAGAUAGUAUGGGGUACAACACCCGGAGCGUUGUCUAUCAUCGGUUCUUCGCUGAUUUUGGGGUCGGCAAUCUUUGUUGCUAUGCACAAGGAGCAUGAAAUUAAGGGUAGAGAGGGACCAGGUAGAGGUUCAGGAGAUGAAGAGCGAGGACUUAUGUCACCGAGUGUGGUUGAAGAUGUCGGUCAGGCUGACGUUAUGGAGCUGCAGACAAGGAUGUUUAGAGUUUGA